CAGAUAAGUUCGACCCCAUAUCCCAUAACUUCCCUUCAGCAACAAAAGAACACAUGGCUCGCGCCAUGGCCGCCGUAGCCGGCAACGGCGAGGUGAGAGUGGAGAAGGUGGACAAGAUCAGGUACGUCUACAACGCCGUCACCAGGCCUUCAGUUUACGCCAACCGGGGGCCGGCGACGGUGACGAAGAAGCUGGCGGCCGCCAACGUUGCCAUCUCCAGGAAGAACAGCGGGACGACCCUGGUCCGCGGUAUUGCCUCGCCGGAGGACAUCGACGAGUACAUCGCCAAGAAAAAGAGGGAGUUUGUCCUAGGACUGUAGCUCUAACUGAUUAUGUCAGCCCAAGAUGAUGUGAUGAUUACAAUGCAUGAUUUAUAGACUGCUCUAGUUAGUUAUGUGAGCUUCUUCUUACAAGGUAUUACAUGUAGAUAUGUAUGGAAGUUGAAUACGCAUAAACUUCAGUUGGUGUAUCGUAAGGUUU